AUGGAGUUAGAAACGGGUCAGGUGACAGUUAUGGAGAUGAAAAAAGAGAAUGUAAAAGAGCUCGCACAGAUUCUCAAGACAGUGGUUUUCAAAGAUUUUGGGAUGCUUUAUGCAUUUGAAACGGGCUUAAAAAUCACAGUGGACGACGGAGCAUUCCAGCAGGCCAACGCUUUUCUCAAUUCGGCGUUCUUUUCAGAUUAUAAAGUUAGAGAAGAUCGGAUUGCGUUGAAGCUACCGAUUAAGACAAUUUAUGAGUUUCUAAGCAUCCCAGAAGGAAACUCGAAUUCUGUAAAGUUUUCGUACUCUGGAAUGUUCGAUCCGCUGAAAUUACUCAUUGAAGAAUCCGAUGGUUGUGUUAUCAGAGGCAAAUUCAACAGUUCGAUUGCAGAUCAAGAACUAGACUUUGAGUUCGACGAUUCGGCGGUUCCAGUGACUUAUUUACUCAAAACACAAGUUCUAAAGGAUAUUUUUCGAGAUUUCGACGACACCAGUCGCACUGUGAAAAUGAGUUUUUCGAGUUCUGUGAUUUGUUUUUCAACGGUUGGGGAGGUUGGAGAAACAACAGUAUCGAUUCCUUCUCGAAGCCUCCAAAUGGAAAGUGCGAAGUGCACAGAAGAAGUGGAACACAGUUAUCAGUUAUCACUUUUGCAUCGAAUGAACCCUGCAUUUGCGUUGGCGUCUAAGCUCAUUCUCCGAGUCGACGAACGCGGAGUGCUUUCUUGUCAGUUUUCAAUCGAUCACGGAGAGUGUCGCACAAGUUACAUAGAAUUUUUAACCGUUCCCACCACCGAAACUGAUGGAUAA